AAUCCAGAAGAUGGUUUUAGCAGACUAAAACGAUGGAUCAUGAUUGGAGAUCACCACCAGCUUCCCCCUGUCAUAAAAAAUAUGGCAUUUCAGAAAUUCUCCAAUAUGGAGCAGUCUCUCUUCACCCGACUCGUUAGACUUGGGGUUCCAACUGUUGAUUUGGAUGCCCAAGGACGAGCCAGAGCUAGUAUAUGUAACCUGUACAACUGGCGAUACAGUAAGCUAGGUAAUCUACCACACGUCGUUACAUGGCCUGAAUUCGAGAUGGCUAAUCCAGGAAUGGGGUUUGAUUUCCAGCUUAUCAACGUGGAAGGUUUCAAUGGUGUUGGGGAAUCUGAACCAAAUCCGUACUUCUUUCAGAAUUUGGCUGAAGCCGAAUACGUGGUAGCAUUGUUUAUGUUCAUGAGAUUAAUUGGAUACCCAGCUGACAAGAUAAGCAUUCUUACUACAUAUAAUGGACAGAAACAUCUUAUACGUGAUGUCAUCAAUCAGAGGUGUGGUAACAACCCACUCAUUGGUCGACCCAGUAAGGUGACGACUGUUGAUCGUUUCCAAGGACAACAGAAUGAUUAUAUCUUGCUAUCACUUGUUAGAACUAAGGCUGUUGGACAUCUUAGAGAUGUUAGGAGAUUGGUUGUUGCUAUGUCUCGUGCCAGACUUGGUCUCUAUGUGUUUGCCAGGGUUUCACUAUUUCAGAACUGUUAUGAACUCUCUCCAACCUUCAACCAGUUAAUGCAAAGACCGCUACAACUACAUAUUGCUCCAAAUGAAAUAUAUCCACCUGCAAGAAAGGUUGUGGAACGUCCUCUAGAUAUAUUGAUAGUUCGUAACAUGCCCCACAUGGCACAGUUUGUUUAUGACUUCUACCAAAGAAAGAUACAAAUGAUGUCAGCACAGCAAAGUAGAGCCAUGCCAAAUCUUCGACCACCAGCAGUUGAGAGGAAACCUCAAGAAGAAAUGAUGGAUGUCACUACUGUAGCCAAGCAACCAAUUGAUGAAUAA